UCCUCCUCGGUCUGGGAGAAAACAAAUCAGGACGGAAGGGGGAAAGGAAACAACCAAUCAUGAAGGGGCGUCCGUUACUAUGGCAAUGACGGCACCUGUAUCCCGGCAUACACCGGACUCUUCAAGAUGGCGGUGCGGAGCCGGGCGAACGGAGUAAUGUUGGGUGCGGGGUAGAAAGACUGGGGACGAGACUCAGCGAGGAAGCUAAUCUGUCUUGCGGAACGGGAGAGAUAUCCUGGGUCCCAAGAUGUGGGAAGAAACGGGGGGCUCGGUGACCUUGCUAUGCCUCACGGCCAGCAGUGGAGUGCCGUUGUAUUGCAGGAGCCGGGGGGGCUCUGCCAAGCAGCAGCUGCCCUUCUCUGUGAUUGGCUCCUUGAAUGGAGUUCAUAUGUUUGGCUCCAACCUAGAUGUCCUGCUGACAGCUGCCUGCACAGAGAAUAUUCGUGUGGUCUGGAAAGUGUUUCACAACAGCAUCACCCUCAUUGUGCUAUCUUCAGAAGAAGGUGCCAGUGAUUUCAGCCUUGGAAGACUUCUUGAGAAUGUCUUCAGUGCCAUGGUGCUGAUAUUGGGUCUGGAAGAAUUAGUAAAUGCACGCAACAUAGAACGUCUCAAAAAGGACUUGAAGGCAUGUUUCAAACUGAUUGACAGUUUUCUGGAGCCAAGCAGAUGCAGUGCUGAUCUGACCCAGUGUGUGGAAUGUGCCAUCAUGCCCUCCAGGGCAAUAUUGCAGGAAUGCCUGGAAGCCUUUGCCUUAGCAGCCGAGUCCCGGUUUGGCAGCCUGCUCAUGGGUGGUCAGGUGCUGUGUGCAACAGAGCAGUGGUGGCAACUUGCAGCCCCAGAAGCCAUGCUGCUGGUAUGGCUGGUGCGCUCCCUUCCACCCCACACCUCCCGUGAUCUCCCUGUUUAUCUUCCUCAUGGCAGCCCCACGGUUCCUCACCGCUAUCUGACCUUCCAGCUUGUGCCUGGUUUGGAAGUGGUGCUGCUCUGUGGGCCUAAUCCCUCCUUACAGUGCCUGGCUGAUGAGCUAGUGACAAAAUUUUGGCAACCACUCUUGGAUCUCCUGAAGGCAUGUGCCAGAGCCUCUCCUCGCUGCCUACCUCCUGACAUCUCUCUUGCUCCUGGAAUCCUGGGACUGUUGCUGAUAAACCAAGAUCAGAGGAAAAGCCUCUUCACAGUGCAGCCUCAUGGCAACUGGACUGAAGGAUCUGAGAUGCCCCUGAAGAAUCGACUCUGUGCUCUUCGCUCCUUCUAUGCUUUAGCUAUCUCCUUAUAUUUCCCCUGUGAGAAACCAGAAGACAGUGCAGCCCCUUUGCAGGAAGUGUUCCAGGCUGGCUUCUCCCACUCUCCCCAGCACUGCUAUGUGGUCUACACCACAUACAAGGCCUAUGCUAUCCAUGGAAGACGCUAUCAGCUCUUCUUAAUCAUGAAGCCUGAGGUGCCUACCUUUGCGCUGCGGUCCCUGGCAACCUGUACACUACAGUCCCUCACAGCCGAGGACUCUGGCUUCUGAGGGGGUACAAUUUCCUGUACUCUGAGGAAAAAUUGAGAGUGGUGAGAUGGAGACCUUGAAUGUUCCGCAUGAGGUUUCUUUACCUGUGACAGAAUAGCUUGUUUUUGUGGAAAAACUUGCAAAAGGAAGAGGAAUUAUAUCUGCUCAUCCUCAAGCCCUUGUUUAAGGGUGAAGCAAGUGGGUGGACAAUGGUGAUAGCUACCAAUGUUGGCCUCAAGGCUCUUCUCCCUCCUCCAUUCUUUAAAAAUAAAGUACAAACUGUGCAUCUCCCACUGUUGUAUAGACAUGAAGGCACAUCAGAUUAAAAUACUAUGUCUGGUUGUACUCAGUUCAGGGAUGCUACAGUAGAGUUAGAGCUGAAAGGAUCAGGCAUUUUGUUUAGAAAGUUGGAUGACAACCGAAACCGCAGUUGCUACAUUUUCAGUAACAACUUGCAUUUGUUCUACACUGUCAUACUUCCUGUUUAUAUGAAUUUCUCCCUUUCCCCUGAGAUCAGCUCUCCCAUCCUUUUUACUAAGGAAAUGCUGCUGCAGUUCUCACCUAUUCACACUCUCUGGAAACAACAAAGCUACCUCACACUCCCAGUUGAUGUAUUACAGUUGCUAAGGCUGAGGCUGGGAAGCCCCCGAUUCAAAUCCUUCCUUGGUCAUUAAGCAAAUCAUUAUUUCUCAGCCUAAGUCACUAUAAUACUAAUUCUGUACUGCUUUUAAAAGCUGUGGUAUUGGUGAAAUCAUGUCAAGGUGUAUAAAUGGACAUUUAAAAGCACUCUAUAUGAAUACUAUAUCCAGAAAUGUUUGCACUGAUUUUUGUAUGACUGGUAAAAUUAAUUUGAAUUGAGCCUCUAAUUCUGGGCACACUUAUUUGGGAAUAUUUCCCUUCCAAAUCACUGGGAAGCUUUUUGGCAAAGGAGAAAGAAUACAAGCCUAAACUAUACCACCUAAGUUAUUUUGGAAGGUAAGGCAUUAAUUAAUAAAUGUUAAAAUGUCAUCUAUAGCAAAAGUAAUUUUGAAAUUAAAGCAAACUCAUUGGAUGUUACAUCAGUGGCUCAAAAUAUCUUAGGCAGUUAGGUGGAAAGGGGAGGAUCUUUAAAUAAAAAAGCAGAUCAGUCUAGGCCAAAAUAUAUAUUCCAUUCCAGCCACUGCAGUCCUCUGGGAAUAAUCUCCUGAAGUUUGCUUCUGCAAGAUUAAGUUCAACUACACAGAGGACUUUCUCUGUGGUAUCUCCCCAAACCGUGAAAUGGCCUAAUGGGAGAGAUGCAGCAAAUAUUCCAGAAUGCUGUCUUUAAAAGGGAGCUAAAGACAUAUUUCUCCUGACAGGCCUUCCCAGAUAAGAGCAACAUAUUAAAUACAAUUAAUCUAAAUUUGAAUUUUUGGUUUUAGAUUGGUAUAAAUUGCCCAAAGCCUAUGGGAAUGGGGUGAUAUAAAAAUUAGUUGUAAUAAUAACAACAGUAAUUAAAUUCAUUUCUCCCUAAAAUCCUUAUAUGAAUCGCCAGAAGACAACAGCUUGGAAAUGAUUGUCAAAUUACAUAAAUUUACCAGGAUUAAGCCUGACAAUCUUUCCAUUCUGUUGCUAUUUGCAAAAUGUGGCUAGACAGCUUUUUCAGUGGUAAACUAAAACUUAUUCCAGGAAUUUAGUCAUUCAUUUUCAUAUCUGCUGUACUGAAUUUGCUACCUAUGUGAAAAAUAAAAUUGCUGGCUUUCAAGCUGUCA